AUGAGGACAUUUUCUUUCACAGGGUCGAGCGAAGUGGGCCUGGAGUUGUUGGUUGCGCUGGUUAACCCGGAUGGCAGCCGGCCGGAAACUAGCGACUGUGUGCCGUGGGUGAUUGACUUGAGUGUGCCGAACCAGCGAGCUUGUUCGGCCGUGAUCCUGGUGCCUCGGGAGCACGCGUGGAAGUUGGUUACGGGUCAGCGUGACGCGUUCGACUGGCUAACCGACGUGAGUCGGAUGCGUGUGUACGACAAGCGGUGGCAGUGGGGGUCCCAGACGACAUGGCAGGCGCCGGAGGCGGGACUGACUGCGUUGGACGAGGAUUCGGUCGACGGGUCGAGCAAGUACGUGCAGUCGGUGAUCGUGAAGGCCAUCGAGAAGCGUUUGGAGGCGAGCCGACUGACGAGUAAGGAGCAGACCGACCCAGUGUGGUUAGACGUGUUCGGAAGGCGGCGUGCGAAAAUGCUUACAGCAAACACGCGAGGCGAGAAGGUGCAGGUGGUCUACAGCCGCCCGGUAGUGGAAGAGGAGCUGGAAGAGUUGUUGCCAACACUCCCGACAGGGUGGCGAGAACCGGUACGGGAGGGCGCGCAUGUGUCCGAGAUCCCGACCGAGAAGCCCAUCCAGAAGACUAAGCCGACAGAGACCCGAGUGACCCUGGGAACCUCAUCGGGAACGAGACGCACGUGGGGCGACUCGGGUGUUAUCACGUUGAUUUUCAUAGACAAGCCGAACAUGCCGACGUUGAGCCAACAGCAGCUGCUUUCCGUGGAGACGGACUGCGGCACGAAUUCGAGCAGCAGCGUGACGUUCCUCGAUCCCGGGAAUACCUACGCGGACCCGUGCGAGGGCGAAAAUGGCAUACUUGCGUGCACACACGGCAAGUCCGGCAACGAUAUCGACUGCUUCCGAUUCGGCGGGUACGCCAACACCUUUAUGGACACCUGGGAGGCUGCGAAGCACUACUUGAGCCCCGUCCGCUCCGGCGUGGCCACUUGCCUCAACGCCACUGACGACCUGCAAGCGGCAACCAAUCUGCGGGCGUCCCGUCCGUGGAGCCGGCUGGAGCAACGGCUUCUUGAAGUCUUGGCCAAGACGAACGAAACUUCUCGAAUGCGUGCAGGUGAAACGCUGCCGCUGCCGUGGACGCGGCUGGAGCCUAAGGUGGACGAGAUCGUGGCCGGGGCGAACCAGACGUUCCAAGCUCGCAGCAUCCUCAACUCGAGGGUCCUGAGUCCGAGGGUCCUGAAUCCGAGAGUCACCAACCCUAGCGUUUUCAGCCAGAAGGUGCAAGAGCUGAAACAAAAGAUGCCACAGUUCGUCCCCUCUGAUGCCACAGCCAUAGCCUUUAUACCCGGGCAGAAUCCGAUAAGCGAUCGGUGUAGCUUCUCCGCAGUCACCAACUGCACAAGUCUGGAAGCCAUCAAGGACUGCUUUUGCGAGUUCCUGCACCUCGAAUACGAAACCGGAGGUCAGAAGUCGGAUGUCUCCGGUCGCUUUACCAACUGGGCACACGUCAUUGACCUUUUCAAGGUGAUCGAGACGAACAGCUGCCGGGUCACCUGCCGAGGCGAGACAAAGCCAACUUCCCUUCCCACUGCAAAGACCACUUCCAAAACCACUUCCCAGAGCGUCCUCAACUCGAGGGUCCUGGAUCCGAGGGUCGCCAACGCGAAGGCGCCAAGCAAUAACGUCGGGCGCUUGUCGAUAAGUGAUCAGUAG